UGCAAGAGCCAUUGGUUUUAAUCAAGUGCAAGUAAAUAGAUUUUAUACAAACUUGAAAAAGUGUCAAGAAAAAUAUAACUUCCCUCCAGGUCGAAUAUAUAAUAUGGACGAGACUGGCAUCAGCACAGUGCCAAAAAAGACUCCUAAAGUUAUAUCACUGAAAGGGAAAAAAAAGUUAAUAAAAUUGUUUCUGGAGAACGUGGUCAAACUAUAACCGCUGUUUGCUGUGUCAGUGCAACUGGAAAUUAUGUGCCUCCUGCAUUUAUAUUUCCUCGAAAAAGGAUGAAGGGUGAACUCAUGGAUGGAGCUCCAACUGGAAGUAUUGGUAUGACAUCUGAUUCGGGAUUUAUCAACACGGAUUUAUAUUUGGAAUGGCUUCAUCAUUUCAAGGACUAUACUUCACCAACUGUGGAUAAUCCUGUGCUACUGAUUAUUGACAAUCAUUCAAGCCAUAUUAGCUUGCAAGGUACCUUGUAUUGCAGACAGCAUAACAUCAUAGUACUUACUUUGCCACCUCACAGCAGUCACAAAUUACAACCCUUGGAUAAGGCUAUUUACAGUCCUCUUAAAAGCCAGUACGCAAUUGAAGCUGAUAAAUGGAUGGCACAGCAUCCUGGUAGAUCUAUUAAUCAAUACCAAGUGCCUUUGAUUUUUAACAGAGCCUUUCUAAAAAUUGCCACUGUAGGUAACGCAGCUUCAGCUUUCAGGGUCACGGGAAUAUAUCCCUUCAACGACGACCUGUUUACAGAAGCAGAGUUUGCACCAUCUUCAGUUACAGAUAUGUUUUGUCCAACUUCUGAUACUGUCCUUCAAAACUUCUACUUCAAGUUCACUUGGCUUGGAUCAUCAUAUUGUAUCUGUUGCACCUGUUCCACAAGAAUUGGUUGCUUCUGCGUCGGCCGAUUUAUCAGAAACACAAUUUGAGAUGUCUGAUUUUUCGACUGUUGCUGAAGUUUAUCAUCCAUCAAGCUCUCCACUACCUAGAAAACCUAACA